AUGGAUAACUCAAAACAAGAGAACUUAGAUCUGAAGAUGUAUGGUCAAGUUUGGUCUUCUAGUGACUUGAAUCCGGAUCGUCUUACUUCGGAAAUCAAUAAAAUCUUCACUUAUAAUCAGGCGGAAACUAAUUAUCGUAAUAAAAGUGAUAAAUACUAUGACUUUCAUGAAGAAUAUGCCAAAUCAUUGGCGAUGUCAGAAGCAUUUAAAAGCUCAGCUGAUGUCCUUGGAAUUCUAUCAGGAAGUAUGGAUAUAUCUGCAUCAGUUAAUAAGGCUGAAUCGGGUGCUACCGGAAAAACAACGCGUGAUGUUAUCUCUUUGACAGAUAUUAAAAAAUAUCUUGAUAAACAUUCGAUAGAAACUGAAUGGAAAGGAGAAAAGAUUAUACCGAAAUCAUUUCAAGUUUAUAAACUGACAGAUAUCAAUGACAAUCUACAAGUUGCUCUAAUGGCAAUAUAA